UUAAAAGAGCUCAAAAGGCAUCAGAGAGCAAACUGCAACAGUAAAGGUGAGCAGCCAUAUUGCACUCCAGUCUCUCACGCAUGCGCAGUCCUGUGCAUAUGAGUCAGCGUGACUACACGUGGGUCGUGGGAGUAACUAACCUUAUGAUCAUGAUGGCAACUAUGGCGACUGGUACUAUGGAAAGCACAAGGAUCAAAGAAGCACUAAGGAAAGAAGGGGAGUUUUUAAAAGAGCUCAAAAAGGCAACAGAAGAGCAAAUUGCAAUCUUAAAGGCUGAGAGAGUGAUUCUAGAGCGGCAGGUACUCCAUCACAGUGGACAACGAUCGACCAGUGCCAAUCGAUCCAUUACAUUACCCAUCCAGCAGCAAUCAAGCAUAGAAUCACCUCAUCUACCAGUACUUAAUCUUGACCUACCAAAUCGUGCAGUGCCAUCACAAAAGAAUGGCAACGAAGAAGAAGAGGAGGAAGAUUGAAGAUUGUCAAUAUUUGUUAUAUUAUAUUAAUGUAUUAUAAUUCUUUGCCAAAUUAUUAUUAUUCAGAGACUAUUAAUCAAAAUAUUUUAGGUAACCUUAUAA